UGUAGAAGAGUGACAGCAAAUCCAACUUGUGAAAUGCAAGCGUGAAAUUGUGAUUGGAAUGGCAUUUCUAAUUUUAGAAGAACAUUAAUGGUUCUGCGUCUCCUGUCUCCCCACUACUCCACAUUAACAAAGAUCAAACCAAUCCAUGCUUACAUGUAGGUGGUCAACUCAUGUUGUUUCCCCUCUACAUACAGUAUCGUGAAAAGAGAUGCAUAGGAAAGCGGUCUCCAGGCGCUUGGGGCGGGCCUUUCAUUCAUUCAAAUUGGGGGUGUAGACAAUCACACAGACAAUCAAAGAUGUGAGUGUUUCCACGGGCGGUGACGAGCGAGAGAGGUAGACUCAGCGCUUACUAUCCUUUGGCUCAAUUUCACCGGUUUUCCCCCCCACCCUAUACGUGGCUGUGCGCUUCACAACACAUAGAAUCGGUGGGAUAUGUAUUGUUCUUGAUAUCAACCGUGGCUUGUUAUUUGACUUGAGGAAAGAAGCGACAACUAAGAGAAGGCCCUCCGGUCAUGAUGGAUUACUCCAAAGCGCAAAUGGAGGGUAGUUCUGCAGGAGCAGCGAUCCACCAGGGGAACCCAGCCGGGGUGAAGCUGGAGGCAGUGAUGGAACAUCUCCAGAGGCAGCUGGAGGCCAAGUUGGACCACCCAGACAAGCAACUCCAGCAAGCGCAGCUCCUCUUCUCCAAACACUCCGCCGAGGCCCGGGCCUUCAGUUCCAUCCCAGACUCCUCCUACUUCGGUCGAGGGGCCGCAGACGUCAAAGCCCACCGGGUCGGUGGCGGGCACCAAACGUACGGCGUGGACCCGGGGCUGCGGAAGGGGGACCUGGGCGAGAGCUACUAUGACGACGGCGGGGACGAGGAGCGCAAACUGGACGAGAGCGAGGGCACAGACGAGAUGGACGAAGAGGACGACGACGAUGACGAAGAAGACGACGAGGAGGAGGGCGUGCCGGGGAUGCAGAUGAAGAAGCCGCGUCUCCACCAGGACUCCGCCGCCUACUACUCGGCCCUGUCCCUCGCCGCCUACUCGGCGUCGUCGCUGGCCGCCGCCGCCAAGAGGCCGGCCUCCCCGCCGCCGCUGGCCGUGAAGGAGGAGCCAGAGGAGAAGGAGCUGGCGAGCUCGGCCGAGCGACAGGGCUUCACGUCACCAGAUGGCUUCGCCGACUGGAGCUUUGAUGAAUCAUCCAAACAGAGAGCCAGUGCUGCUGACCGCAGCGAGGAGAACGAAGGAGGGAAGGCGAGGGGAGAGCCGUCCAGGGACUUUGCAAAGCUUUACGAGAUAGACGGCGAUCCGAACCGGAAGGAGUUUCUGGACGAUCUGUUCAUCUUUAUGCAGAAACGCGGCACUCCCGUGAACCGCAUCCCCAUCAUGGCCAAGCAGGUGCUGGACCUGUACCGCCUGUACAAGCUGGUGACGGAGAAGGGGGGCCUGGUGGAGGUGAUCAACAAGAAGAUCUGGAGGGAGAUCACCAGGGGACUCAACCUGCCCACCUCCAUCACCAGCGCUGCCUUCACACUCCGCACACAGUACAUGAAGUAUCUGUACGCCUUCGAGUGCGAGAGGAAGAGGCUCAGCUCUCCAGGCGAGCUCCAGGCGGCCAUCGACGGCAACCGCCGCGAGGGCAAGCGCUCGAGCUACACCAACAGCCAGUACCACUACUCGCCGUCGCCCACCGCCGCGCCACGCUCCGCCCCCCUCAGCGUCCACGCCGCCAUGGGCCACAACGGCAUAGGCUCCUCCCCCAACGCCUCCUUCAAGAUGAACUCAGUGGAGUCCUCCACGCCGACCCGACCCAACGGGCGGCCCAUGGUGCUGGCUCUGGGGCAGCAGCAGCUGGCCCAGGCCGCCGCCCUGGAGCACCUCCGGGAGAAGGCGGGCGAGGGCCCCGACAAGACCAUGGCCCGCAUGGCGGAGGAACACCAGCGCCUCAUGCAGCAGGCCUUCCAGCAGAACCUGCUGGCCAUGGCCUCCCACUUCAGCUCCAUGAACCACCUCAAGCCCAGCGUCACCCCGGAGAGCAAACCAGACCUGUCUUUGAGUAUCGGCACCAAUGGGGCGUCCGGCAUCAAUGUGUCUGUGGAGGUGAACGGCAUCGUGUACUCUGGAAUGCUCUAUGCCCAGAAGGCGGGGGGCGCGCCUGUGGUCUCGCAGAACGUCACCCCCGCAGGGACCAGCGGCUUCAGCGCGCUCUCCUCACACAGCCCCUCCUCUUCCUCCUCCUCUUCCUCCAAGUGAAGCGGGGCCUCUCGGACUUCUGUCCAAUGAACACACCUGUAACUGAUCUUGACACACACACACACACACACACACACACACACACACACACACACACACACACACACACACACACACACACACACACACACACACACACACACACACACACACACACACACACACACACACACACACACACACACACACACACACACACGUUCCUUUCUAAUCACCCGCUGUAUGGCAAUCUUAGUGAAAUCCACACACAGUUUUGUUUCUGUUCAUGUGGUCCUAUUAUUAAAAGGGUUUCCAGGUUAUUUAAAAAAUGUAAAUUCAGACAACACGUUACCUCUUCUGUCUAUUAUUAUAUACUAUUUUCAAAGCUAGUAUCCUCCUUGGAAAUGUUUGCUUUUAAUACAGUAUUAAAUGCUGCAUACUGGGGACACCCAUGACAAUUACUAACUCCCACUCUCUGCAUAUCUGUAUAUGUAUUAAAUGUCUGUCAGUGGCUGCCUGAAUACAUGUGACCACCUUUCGGAUAUAACCACAAGAAAACAGAACAUGAGUGACAAAGUGCAGCUAAACCAUAACCAAAAAAAAGCCCCAGCUUCAUGUUGUGCCUCUCUUUGUGUGACCUUAUUCUUAACUCGGCAGUGGAUUCAGGCAGGAGUCCCACUACCGAGAAAGCCUACAGGAUUUGAUAUGAAGGGUUAUCUUUCAUCAGGGAAAUGCGUUUACCAUUAAUACCAGUUUUGGGUGGGCCCAUAAUCAAUAAUCCGUUUUGUGUCUAGAAGUUACGGUUUAAUAUGCAUGCUUUUUGGAAUCAAUUGUAUGACGAUGGCAGUGAUGGAGAAUUUAAAUCAACAGACUUUGGUGGAAAGUCGCUUUCUCAGGAAUUAAUUGGUAAGCCAGGUUCUUUCAUCAGUGUCGUUUUGAGUCUCUAAUGGUGUGUUCGUUUUUUUAUAGUACUCAAGAGAAUAUAUGUUUAUUGACCUCACAUUUUGACCUUCAGAAUAUUUUGGUUUUGUCAAGUGAGCGCUGAAACGCACUACCUCAUUCCUUCAGAGUAAUACAUAAGUGCAGUGAGUUGGUGUUAUGUAUAUUUGGACAAUCAAAAGGACAUGAAUCUCUCAAUGCAAUAAAAUGUCUUAACUGUGAAA